AUGGCCGCCGCCACCACUAUUCUCGAAGAAUGCGAAAUCAAUCCUCCGGCGGGGUCAUCGCCGCCGGAGUUUGUGGUGCCGAUUGUAUUCUUCGAUAUGGUGUGGUACGACUUCGCCGCCAAUCAAAGUGUUCUCUUCUUCGAUCUUACAGCAGCUUGUUCGACGAAACCCUAUUUUCUGGAAACCCUUGUUCCCGAUCUGAAAAGCUCUCUCUCCCUCACUCUCGGCGAAUUUCUCCCACUCGCCGGAAAAAUCGUUCAUCCUUUAACCCCCGGAGGAGAUAAACCAAUCCUACGUUACCAAUCCGGCGAUUCAGUUUCUUUUAAUGUUUGCGAAUCCGGGGCUGAUUUCAGCGAACUCGCCGGAAAUCAUCCCCGGAAUUGCGAUGAUUUUUAUGCCUUCGUUCCUAAUCUUCCACCGGCGAAGCGUUCCGAAAAGUCGAUUUGUUGCGCAGUGUUAGCUCUCCAAGUUACACUGUUCCCCGGCCAUGGCUUCUGCAUCGGUUUUGUAACUCAUCACGCCGCCGCCGAUGCCAGCACAGUUGUCUCUUUCAUCCAAACCUGGGCUCUGAUCAACAAAACUAAAAAAAAUACGACAAACAUCAACGGAUUGGACUCGUUGUAUUGGGACCUCAUUCUGAAGCUAUCUUGUUCGGUGGAGCCGCCGCCGGUGAAAUUCCCGAUCGACAAGCUCCGGUCAACAUUCGUUCUCAAGAAAGAGCAGAUCGAAAAGCUCAAGGGUUUGCUCGUGGCAGCCAAUUGUCCCAGGGUGUCGACUUUCACAGCCGCAUGCGCCCUCGUGUGGGUCUGCUCGGCCAAAUCGGCUGGUGAUGACGUGGCAGACGACGAGCCCGAGUUCUUUGGCUUCGUGGCGGAUUGCCGGGGAAGGCUGAAGCCGCCGGUGCCUGCUAAUUACUUCGGCAACUGCGUCGUACUUGUUCUGGCAGAGCUGAAACAUGGACAAGCCAAGGGUCCCAACGGCUUCGUGAUGGCAGCAAAGGCCAUCGGUGACGCCAUCGUUGAAAACGUGUACAAUGAGAAUGGAAUCUUGUUCGGUGCUGAGAAAUGGCCGGAGAAGUACGACGAGUUGAUCGGAAAACGGCAGUAUGGGGUUGCGGGUUCGCCAAGAUUCGACUUCUAUGCGGUGGACUACGGUUGGGGAAAACCGAAAAAAUUUGAAGCACUGUUUGUAGAUGGUAAUGGUUCCAUAUCUCUUAACAAAGCGAGAGAUUGUGAAGGUGGUUUGGAGAUUGGCUUGUCCAAGCCAAAGCUUCAAAUGGAUGUACUUUCUACUGUUUUUUCGCAGGUUCUUCACGAAUUCUUGGGAAAUUAG